AUGGAUGAUGUUGCUAUUAGUGUGAAAACAAAAUCUUCGGUUGAACGGUGGAAGCGAAUGGGUUAUACCAAUGUAUGUACUACCAACACCGAUCUCAUUAAAACUCACGGUAGAGGAAUUGUUUUUUUAGUAGUAAAACCUCAUGUACGUAUGGCUGUGUUUAAGGAAUUAGACAGUAAUUCAUUUGUUGAUACUCCAUUAAUAGUUUCUGUGAUGAAUGGAGUUGAUGUGAAUACACUGGAAAGUGAAGUGUCACUGAAAGGUUACCCUUCAAAUUGUGGAUUGGUACGCUUAAUGACAAACUUAUCCACUUCUGUAUGUGCUGGGGCGUCAGUUUUCUGUACCAGUUCAUUCUUACAGCAAAAGAAGAUUGAUGUGAUCAUGUGCCUUAUGCAAUAUACUGGUAUAUGUCUGAAAAUAGAUGAAAAUGCUUUCAAUGCAGCUACAGCAAUUGCUGGGUGUGCGCCAGCUUUUAUAUUUUUGGCUAUAGAAGCAUUGGCUGAUGGCGGUGUUCUUGGAGGCAUUGACCGUUCAACCUCAAUAAAACUUGCUACCCAGGCUGUUAUGGGAGCCGCAAAAAUGGUUGCAAACUUAAAAAAACAUCCAGCAGUUUUGAAAGAUGAAGUUUGUUCUGCAGGGGGCAGUACAAUAUAUGGUGUGAAGGAACUGGAAAAAAAAGGUUUUCGAUCUGCUCUCAUUGAGGCAGUGCAUACGUCAACACAACGUAGCUCAGGACUAAUUUAA